UCAACAAAAAUGCUCAAUUCUACCUCAGAAAUUCCGGAACUUCUAAAGAAGAGCAGAAACUAAAAUAUUACCAGUAAUCACGGUAAUGGCAGAGUAUAACAAGAAGUAAACAACAAAACCCAGUCUCCAAUUUUCAAAAUUCUCUAGAUAAACCAAAAACCGCCACUUCAAAAAACAAACCAUCACACCUCACCGGUCAACACCGCCGUUCAAACAUACAGAGCCGGAUUAUUUUUGGUCUUAAAACCAGAAACCUUGGGAACCCAGAAAUGUAAGCAACAAAACAAACAAAACCCAGAAUGUAACACGAUGUCGUUUUCACCAGAGAAACCAGUUGCUGACGUUAAUUUAACAGUGAAGAAGAAGAAGAUGAGGCCACUAAGCUGGUCAGAUUUCUGGCUCAAAAAUACCAAACCGUUAAAACAAGCCGUCUUCGCUAUGCAGCUUCAGUCUCUGUCUAACCCAACUCCAACCGAUUACACAGACUCAAAAAUCAAAAACAAAACACAAACACAAACCCUAAUCAACAUAGACCGAACACUUCUCUUAAGUGAUGAGCUUCUCUUAAAAAUCCUCUCUAAACUACCUGACACCCAGAAAAACCCUAAUUUUCUUGUUUGCAAGCGGUGGCUCAAUCUCCAAGGCCGCCUUGUAAGGUCUUUAAAGGUGUUAGAUUGGGAGUUUAUUGAGUCUGGUGGGUUAAUUUCAAGAUUCCCAAAUUUAACCCAUGUGGAUUUGAUUAAUGGGUGUUUUAAUACACCAACUAAUUCUAGUAUUUGGUUAAACCACAGAGUUUUUUCUAUGCAGAUUGAUUCUGGGGUUUCCGGGUUCGGUCCGAAUUGGAAUGUCUGUGAGCAGAAUUUGUUGGCAGUUGAUGUAGUUGACAGAGGGCUCAAAGCUUUAGCUGGUAGUUGCCCGAAUUUGAGGAAGCUUAGUGUGAUUGGUGCUAGUGAGUUAGGUUUGUUGAGUGUUGCUGAAGAGUGUUUAACUUUGCAGGAUUUAGAGCUGCAUAAGUGUAAUGAUAAUGUGCUUCGCGGGAUUGCGGCGUGCGGGAAUUUGCAAAUCUUGAAACUUGUGGGGAAUGUGGAUGGUCUUUAUAGAUCGUUGGUGUCGGAUAUUGGGUUGACGAUUUUGGCUCAAGGGUGUAAGAGAUUGGUGAAGCUUGAGCUAAGUGGAUGUGAGGGUAGCUUUGAUGGGAUUAAGGCUAUUGGACAGUGUUGUCAAAUGCUUGAGGAGUUGAUAUUUUGUGAUCAUAGAAUGGAGGAUGGAUGGCUUUGUGGACUUGCGUAUUGUGAAAAUUUGAAGACUUUGAGGUUUUCGUCGUGUAAGAAGAUUGAUCUUCAUCCUGGGUUAGAUGAGUAUUUGGGUUCGUGUCCGGCUCUUGAGAGAUUGUAUUUGCAGAAGUGUCAGCUAAGGAAUAAAAAGAAUAUUAGAGCUGUGUUUAAGGUGUGCGAAAAUGUUAGGGAUAUUGUUAUCCAGGAUUGCUGGGGAUUGGACAGUGAUACGUUCAGCUCGGCAAGUGUUUGCAGGAAAGUAAAGUUGCUAUCUCUAGAAGGAUGCUCGUUGCUAACAACACAAGGCCUGGAGUCUGUACUUGUGACAUACAAUGAGCUUGAACAUCUGACAGUACAGUCAUGUAAGCGCAUAAAGGAUUCCGAAGUCUCUCCUGCACUUUCAUCCUUAUUCUCCGCUCUGAAAGAGUUGAAAUGGAGGCCAGAUGGAAAAUCUCUUCUGGCCCCCAGUCUUGUGGGGACUGGCAUGGGAAAAAAAGGCGGUAAGUUUUUCAGGAAGUCGCAAACUCUCAAGUUGCUGUCCGAUGAUUGGCAUUCUCACUUUGACCAUACCUGGAUGAUCCACACGGCCAAUGGAAAGUAGUAUGCUUUGAUAUGAGAGAUUUCUGUUAACUCAUUCAGCUCGCAACGACAUGUAUCUUACCGAGAUACUAUUCGGUUUUCCAUUUUCACACAUACGAGUAAGAGGUAGUUAUAUAUAUUCAUAUUUAUGCUUAAAGUGGUUUAUAUCUGCUGGUAUUUUUCCUAUGUUGUAAUUAGAGCUAGAUUACAAAUUAGAUUAGAAAAAUAAUUGCCUAUCAAAUUAUACGUGCUUUAUUAGAACCAUCUUGUUUGUGCU